GUAUGUGACGUCAAGUUUAGUUGACAUCAUCACUGAGUGAAAAUAUUACCGAGACAUGUCUUACGCAUACUUAUUUAAAUACAUUAUCAUUGGGGAUACAGGUGUGGGUAAAUCCUGUCUACUUCUCCAGUUUACAGACAAAAGGUUUCAACCAGUUCAUGAUCUUACUAUUGGGGUUGAAUUUGGUGCUCGUAUGAUAACAAUUGAUGGCAAACAAAUCAAACUGCAAAUAUGGGAUACAGCUGGACAAGAAUCAUUUCGAUCUAUCACAAGAUCUUAUUAUAGAGGGGCUGCUGGAGCAUUGCUAGUCUAUGACAUUACCAGACGGGAUACUUUUAAUCACCUUACAACAUGGCUUGAAGAUGCAAGACAGCAUUCAAACUCCAACAUGGUUAUAAUGUUAAUUGGAAACAAAAGUGAUCUAGAAGCAAGAAGAGAAGUCAAGAAAGAAGAAGGAGAGGCUUUUGCAAGAGAGCAUGGCUUGAUAUUCAUGGAGACUUCAGCUAAAACUGCUGCCAAUGUUGAAGAGGCUUUUAUCAACACAGCUAAGGAAAUCUAUCAAAAGAUCCAAGAUGGUGUUUUUGAUAUUAACAAUGAGGCAAAUGGCAUUAAAAUUGGACCACAACACUCACCAGCCAGUCAAAGUCUUAAUGUUGGUGGAAGUGGAGGUAACCAGGGAGGCAACUGUUGCUGAAGGAUUUUUCAAAGAAGUAAAUAUGGAGAUGGUCUUGUGAAUUUUAAAGCAGUGGUUGGAUUUAAAUAAUGCAGGCACCUAUUUAUUUUAUAGAAACUGGGCUCAGUUCAUUUUCUCUUAAAUUGUAAAUGUCUUUUCAGUCAUACGAGGAAGCAAAUUUUUAUGACAUUUCUGAAUCAAUAUUUCUAACACAUUGAAUAUACAGUGAACUAAUCAUUAGUGAAACCACACUCACUAAGAUCAAAUCAUAAAAGCAACACUUAGAUUUUUUAUUCUAUUGCAGAUUUUUAUGCAUUACUUGAGAUGUAUAAUUGUCAAAAAAAAUUUACUUGCUUAUCAUAAAGAUUGUGUUUGCACUUAGAAAUAACAAUUCUAAAUGCUUGCUAUGCACACAAAUUUUGAUUCCUGAUAUAUAACUAUCAGACAUAUUUGGAUGUAAUUUUUUUAAAAUGAAAAUUGUUAUUAGAUUAAUUUAUGGAUUGGGAUUUUCGGGGGGGAAAGAAAAACAGAAUGUUAAGAUAUGUGACACGCAAUUCAUAUUUUAUUAUUAAUUUCAAAUAAUUUUAAAACUUUUUCUAAUAAAAGAAUGACAUGUAUUAAAAAAAUGACUACAUAUUAGAUUAGAAAUUUGAUAUAUUACCUCUUGGUUUACAUACACAUUUCAUCGUCUGUCAUUAAAUAUCAUACAUAUUUAUUUGUUUCCUACAGAUUUUAGUUUCAUCAUUCUUGACUUCUAAUGUCCACUUUUGUGUUGUACAAAUACAAGAUGUAAACAUUUAUUUGUGUUAAAAAUUGAUGAAUUUUGGCUGUUUUUAAAAGAUUGCUGUUUACUUUGUAAGCAUUUAAUCUGGCUUUGUUGUACUCUCCAACCUAUAAAAUCUCAAGCUGAAACAAAAAAGGGUUGGGGCGGUUUUACUUGUUAUUUUAAAAUUGGGCAAUCUUUUUAACAUUUUAAUUAAGAAUUAUUUAUUCACUAGAGAGCAGUAACUGUCACUGGAUAGCAGAAACUCAUUCAAUCUUUGGUUCUCAAAAAGCCUUGCAUUAGUUUUUGGUUUCUAAUUCGAUUCUGAACUAGACUGUCAUUUGAUAUGAAUCUACAUACAAUUGGUUUUAUAUCAUAUAAAAACAAAAGCAUUGAAUUGGAUUGUUUUGUCUAAUCUAUUCAAAAGAUUAAUUUCAAGUCUUGUACAUAUAAUAUUGGCUCAUUUUAUGUUGCCAAAUAUUGGAAAAGUUCAUUCUUUAUCUUUCAGACCAUUCCAGAUAGUUUGCCAUCUUGAUAGUGCUAAUGAUUUUUUUAGGUUCUUUAAAAAGCAUUAUAUUAUUUUAAGUUUGACUUUGUAAACUGCUUUCUAGUUUAAUUUGUAUUUCUGUUCACAAUAAAAGCAAAAAGAUUUUCAUUACAUGUGUAUUGUUUUCUUUAGAGAAAUCAGACUUCUCUUGUUAGUAAAUGUUCAGAAGUCAUGUUUAAUGAAUCUCUCAAAUGAAAACAAGUGUUGAAAUAUUUGUCUGAAAUUGACAUGUAUCCGUUUUAUAAUUUCUUUAAACUAAAGAUUUUAACAUGGAAUACUAAUCCGUUUAUUUCUGUACAGUUGCCAGUUUUCUAAAACUUUCAGGUUUGCCCAAUGCUGCACUUUUUAUCUUUUUAUUUUCUAUUUAUAGAAUUUGUCUCUAUCUAAACAGUAUCAUACAUUUAAUUGCUGUGAUUUUUUUUUUUAGUUUUGUGUGUUUAUGAAAUAAUGACUCCAGUAGUUGUAAAUGUUGUGAUAUUGUUGUUUUGUAUGUUCAUCGUAUGAAAUACUUUUAUUUUAAGCUCUUGUAUACACUUCAAAAGUUUAGUUGGUAAAGAAACAUUUUAUUACUUUGUGAAAUUUAAAUUUUCAUUUUAUUAAAAAUAGAAUUUAAGAUAAUAUAGCUACUAUCUGAACUUUAUCUUUUAAAAUAGUAUGAAUAUAGUGUUUCAUAGCAACUAGUCUUGAAUUAAAGAAACUUUAUGCUAUAUUGCUGUUAUGUUCAAUAGGAUUAAUCCAAGUGCAAUAUUUGAGUGUGAAUUAUGAACUGUUUUUUGUUUUUUUUUUUGUUUGCUAGACUAACCCAUCUUUCAUUUGUAUGAUUUUGCAACAUUUUACUGUGUUUACCAUUGACUGAUGUUUGAGUAUGCUCAUUUUUAAAAGCUAUAAAUUAAUAAAAAAACAAAAUGUUUCUUAAGAUCUGUUCAUUAUAUUAUUGAAGAGGGCUGCAUUUGGUUGUCUAAAAAACUUGUAGACAUUAUUAAAAAAAUAUUUAAAAUAGACAUAAUUUUUUAAGUUUGCUGUUCACAAAAAUUCUGCUUUGCUUUAGAGUCAAUUAAAUUGUAAUCAAAGCUCAGUAUGCUAGAAUUUUUCUAUUAUUUAGCGUUCAAUUAUCGUAAGUAUUUCUGUAGACCAUUUAGAAGAACCAGUUUUAUUUUAUCUGCCGAUUAUUGUAAUUGAUUUGUUUUGUAGUUCAUUUGGAAAAAAAAAUUCAUUGAGAGGAUGAGUGUGUGGGUACUCAUGAAAUGCUCUUGUGAAUUUGAAUAAACUCUGUGAAAUAUAA